AAACCGUGCAUGUACGAAAUUCAUAGCUAAUAACAGUCAAUCAGAAUAACCACGCGUGAGGUUAAUUUAAAUAGCACCUCAGAGCAUCAAGGUUUUAGGAGAGCAAAUAUUAAUUGCCGCAUUCAUCCAGUGACAUGGACGCUUAUUUUGUAACACCGGUAGCGGUGAUUAUUUUUGCGCUUCUUUGUGUAUCGCAAGCAGAUAAUAACCAGUCUGCCAUUGGAAAGUGUCACUUUUUUGCUAAUAAUCGAGUAGAAUGCAUGGGACAGCUUCGAUGUCGUCCAUCAGAACACGCGAGGAAUACCUUAGCGGAUGUUGUACAAGCGUGUGUUGAUCGAAUUGAAAAGUCAAAUGGAACAUGGAAUCAGAACCAAGGAAUUGUCCCGGCUGAAUACGCCAGAAUGCCAUCUUCUAAUGAGCUCGUAGCAAUCUGCGAGUUUUUCCGCAGUGGACUGUUUUCCUGUGUCGCUGGAUCCCGGUAUGCGGGUAACUUUUGGAACGGAAAUUUCAAGGGUUCUUUAAAUUCGGCUUUCGACCUGGGUCAAGAUCGCUGGUGGUUCCAGCAGCAAACCACCACAACCACAACUACCACGACGACCACCACUACCACUCCCGCCCCGGUGCCCAGUUACGUCCGACCGGAAGAUGACAACACCGAGGACAAUGUCGUAGUGCAGGAGACUGAUGAAAACAGUACUGAACGGGAACGAUUCCGUGAGCCUCUCAGUGGCACUGACACCGACCAAGUCGGCAUUCGAGAAGGCGAUGGUGACACGGGGCUGUCUGCAAGCGGGGAUGGAAGCUACCGAAGUGUUAUUUAUACCGUCGUGCCUCGUAAUGUCAUCGUUUGUGAAUAUUUUACCAAUGGUGAGGUCAUAUGUCGCAACUGUACGGAGCGCUUCCGAAGGGUUGUCACAGAGCAGGGAGUGGAUGCUAAUCGACGGGAUUACAACUGCACCGAACCGAGAAAUGGUCCCCCAGUAAAACGCUGGGAGGCAGACAAUGGAAUUCUGGAUGCGGUCCCCGAUGCGUCAGCGGAAUCGCAGAUUGUGGCGGCUACAUGCAUUUUUGACAAAGCGUCGCGCACAUAUGAAUGCCAUGGAACAAGUGCUUUGUGCCCCGACAAUCAAAGUCAGAGGAGUCUAAGCAAUAAAUGUCUUAGCGGACGCCGGUGGACCGGAGAUUUCAGCGGGGACUUCAGUUACAUGCUCAAGCAUUAAUGUAUUUUGUCCGACAUUUGCUUAUUAAGAGCACAAUCCAUAAGAGUCACCAGUUACUAUAAAGAUGUUUGUAUAAUAAAUAUAUACAGUCCAAUAAGGGCACCUUGCAAGACCAAGUUGCGAACUUGCGAACAAGUUUGAUUGAGCCUCUAAUUGUGUUUGCGAUCAUGCUACAGUAUGCGUAUAACUGUGACCUUUCCUGGAUUAAAAGUAUCAAAUGCACUAUUAAAGAAUUUUUUUUA